GGCAUUUACAUGGGCAACUCAUCCUCUGGAGGGGUCCUUGAAGUUGAGUUUCCCUGGCAACUGUUGACAGCGGCCGCAGUCCUCGAGACCUCUCAUAUAACUGUGAUGGUCCUCAGCUUCUUUGCAUUCACACGCCGACCUCCUGAUUGACCCAUGUCCCGUCCUGCCCCAUCUCCAGUUUAUACUCUGAGAGGGGCCAGCGCUCCUCUGAACAGCCUCCACUUUAGAUGUCCUGGAGGGGAAACCCCCUUGCUGUUUUCUGGGUCAGCAAAAGGCACCAUUCACAUCUGGAACCUGAACAGCAGGAGGGCGGAGCGGGUAGUAGAGGGUCAUAGUGGUCAGUCGAUCCUGUGGCUCAGCACACUGCGAUCCGGAGAUGCUCUCAUCAGUCAGGGACGUGACAUGCAGAUCUGCCUGUGGGACCUGAAAGAAGGCCGCAGUGAGGCGGUGGACUCUGUGUGGACGGGCAGCGUUGGAUUCUGUCAAUGUUCACUGCUGGAAACCAGCCCGUCAAACUACCUGCUGGCCUUUGCUGGCCAGGAGACUGAAGAGAUCCAGAUCACUGAGAUGCCCAGUAAGAAGCCAGUCUGCACACUGAUGCCAGACACUAAGCUGGGGAUGGUCAUGUGCCUGCAGCUGUGGAAGCCAGAUUCAGGUCUUGGACCUCUCCUGUUUGCUGGAUAUGAGGAUGGUUCAAUGUUGCUAUGGGACGUAACCCAAAGGUCCGAACUGAGCCGUGUCAAAGCCCACCCCGAGCCCGUCAUGUGCCUGACCUUUGACCCCAGGCUUCGGAGGGGCGUAUCAGGCUCCUGUGAGAAGAAGCUCUCGUCGUGGAUGGUGGACAGCCAGAACAACAUACAGCUGCAGGACAGCGUGGUGCUGGUCAACCCUGGCGUUUCUCAGCUCCGCAUCAGGGAUGAUGGCCGGCUGCUGGCAUCCGCAGGCUGGGACCACCGGGUGAGAGUAUUCGGCUGGAAGAAGCUGCGACCACUGGCUGUCCUUCAGUACCACACAGACAUGGUGCUUAGCGUGGCCUUCUCUGAUCAUCAGGACCCCAGGCAGAGACUGCUGGCUGCUGGAUCCAAGGACCAGCGCAUCAGCCUGUGGUCCAUUUACAACGAGACGGCUGACAAAGCUCUGCAAGGAUCUACAGACUGAAAUCAAAACAUCAUCUCAUCUGUUUCAUAGCGAGCUAGUUUGACUCACCGCUUUACAAUAAGGCUCCCCUUAUGUUAUUAAUUAAAUACUUUAUACCUCACUCAUAAGUGUUUAUUAAGGGUGCAGAGCAGACAAAACUGACCAAUGUGAACCUAAGCUGUUCAGCCAUAUAUUUAAUGUAGUUUUAUGUAUAUUUAACAUUUUAAAAUAAGUUACCACCUUCUAAAUAAAAUAAACAUUUUAAAAACAUAAAUUUUGAAUGCAUUAUAUGUUAAGAGCAUAAUAAACACUUAUCAGUUGUAAAGUGUUCUCAUAUUAUUUAAUAACAUAUUUAUAAACUAUUUAUUAGCCAUCUAAAAGAAGAGCCUUAUUGUAAAGCAGUAUAUAAACAAGUAAUUAUUGGCAGGUAUCAGAUUUGCAUUUUAUAGAAACUGGUUUCAAAUUUACAAAACAAAACUUUAUUUUGUUUUUCAAACAGUUUUACAUGUUUGGGCAUGUUUCAGCAACAAAAAUGUCUACAUUGUUGGACAAUUAUUUACAUUUUUAUGGCUUUACUAAAUAUUUUGAGUUAUAAAAUGUGGUUGUUUUCUAAGAUGUUGUCACGUCAUACUCUUAUUUUGCUGGAUUAACUAGUUGGGCUAUUUGCUGCUGGUCGGCCUGUGAUCUACUGACACCCUAAUGAAAAUGAUGAGUGGCUUCCUUUUUUGCAAUCAUAUCUGUCCAUGUUGUUGUUAUUGUUGAAAUUUUCUUUUAACCUUAUUUCAGUUCUCUGACUCAGAUGUUAAGGAGUAGUGCUGUUAGUAAAGCUGCAGCUGCACCGGUCAGAAAUGUAGAGAUCAGGAUUGGAUCAUUCUUCUUUUCUGUUUGGUAAUAAACGGAACAAAGACUAAAACAUUUCAUUAAAAAAAUCUAAAUUAAUGCAUCAAAACAAAAGGUUCAUCAUAUUUUUGAAAGAAAUAAAAUUUCAUGUGUAAAUGAC